UCUUCAGUAUCAUUUUCUUUGUACAUAUUAAAAAUUCUUGUUGGUCUUUGUUUUUUUCUCUGGGUUUUCCUCAGAUUUCUCUCCCAUUUCUUAAAUCUCAUCGCCUUCCAUCUUUCAUAUAUAGAGCUGAAACCAGUUCUGGGUUUGCUUUAAAACUCAAUAAAAAUGGCUUCUUCGGUCUCUGUCCCAUGCCCCAAGGUUUCUUCUCUUUUAAAAAUAAACCACCAAAGCCAAAAUCAAAAGGUUUCUUUGGCUUUUCCCCAAACUUCAAAUUUUACCUCCAAAUCUUGCUCGCCAUUUGGAUCUUCAAUCCGGGUACGUGCAUUUUCACUAUCUCAGCGGCCUAAUCGAAAGCAGACUAUGGUCUUCACGAGCCAUACGCAGCUUAACGAGGUUGCAGAGAUAUCGUCGAAUUCUGUAGCAGGUGUUGACGCAAAACCCAAAGUUGCAUUGCCUAAGCAAGAUAAUAAAAUAUCGGCAGAGAAUACUACUCCGGAUGCUUCAGCAAUCUCGACAUUCAUGGCACAAGUAUCAGACCUUGUUAAGCUUGUUGAUUCACGAGAUAUCGCUGAAUUGCAACUGAAGCAACUGGAUUGUGAGCUCGUAAUAAGAAAGAAGGAAGCUUUGCAACCACCUGAAUCAUCAUCUCCAAUUGUCAUGCCACAUUACAUGCCUCAAGCGAUGUUUCAAACUCCACCCCCGGCAGCCCCUGCUCCUGCUAGCCCGACCCCUCCAGCACUGGCACCUUUGUCACUCCCCCCUGCUAAAACAAGCAAUUCUUCUCAUCCUCCCCUCAAAUGCCCCAUGGCCGGAACCUUCUACAGGAGUCCUGCACCGGGUGAACCACCAUUUGUCAAGGUAGGAGAUAAAGUGCAGAAAGGCCAAGUUGUCUGCAUCAUUGAGGCAAUGAAAUUGAUGAACGAAAUCGAAGCUGAUCAAUCUGGAACCAUAACGGAGAUAUUGGUAGAGGACGGAAAACCAGUUAGUGUAGACAUGCCGCUAUUUGUUGUUGUGCCUUGAACAAAAAAGGGUUCCAAUUCCAUGUGCUGGUAGCUUUGUGAGGAACAAUGUUUUGAUUUACUGUGUAAUGGUUUAAAUUAAUAUGAAAAAAAUAAAUAAAAACAAUGGUGCUGUAUUGCUUGCUUAAAUC